UGUCUUUUGCGCAGUUUCUCUCGGAUAUGGCGCAGAUCGACGUCAACGCGUUCACUGCUCAGGUUCUGUCCCACUGGGACUGGAGCGGAGAGGACAGGUCGUUCGGAGACGCGUCCUCGCCGGAGUCCGGAGCCAGAGACGAGCAGCAGAAGCCCAAAGUGAAGAUGAGUCUGAAGAGGAGGAUGAAGGCCAGCGAGCGCGAGAAGCUGCGCAUGCGCAGUCUGGCGGAGGCGCUGCAUCAGCUCCGCGAGUAUCUUCCUCCGGUGUACAGCCGCAGAGCGCAGCCGCUCACGAAGAUCCAGACGCUCAAGUACACGAUCCAGUACAUCAAAGAGCUCUCCAGCAUCCUCGAGCAGCAGAUCUGACCUUCCCUUGCGGCUCGGAUGAAAGCGCCGUUGCUAUGGGAACGUUUGGAACGCGGGUCGGCCGGCGGUGGAAACAUUGUAUCAUUCUGUAACACUGAGGGAUGUUCGGCUACUUUGAAGCGUUUGAUGACCGUCCCGCGUCAAGCAGUGUUCCACGUCUCUGAGAACAGUGAACCAACGUUACUGGAAUGUUAAGCUUGUGAGAACCUUUCCAGAACAUCCUGAGAACAGCUGCUGUUGUACAGAUUAAUAUUUUCUGUGUUUGUUUGUUCAUCCACUCUUAUGAUUUUAUUCGGAUGUAAAUAUUUCUUGCUGAUGCUUGAGUGGAGUGUCGGUGUCUAAUAUUAAGAGUGUCUUUUAUACUGGAAUAGCUGAAUAAACGUCUUGUUCGUGUUGAUUUAA